GUUCUGUCGCCCUCUACUGGAUUAAGUGGGCGACCGCACAAACCGUCAACACGCCAUGUUUUGUCGCAAAACAGGAACUGUUGUAAAGAGUUGCUCAGCGGUAGCUGUACACAUACACGUGUGUCCAGAGGAGCUGUGAAGAUACAUUUUCCAUCAGGAUGGCAAAGAGUUUGCGCAGCAAGAGGAGGAGAAAGAUGAGGGCGGAGAAAAGAAAGAAAAAUGCACCCAAAGAACUGGCCCGGCUCAAAGCAGUGCUGGGUCAGGGAGAGAAAGGCGAGAUCAGUAUGAAAGAUGUCGCUGAGGUCGCCACCGUGGUGCCUCCUGAGAAAGUGAAGGAGAAGCCAGAAGAUGUUGAGAUGCAAGAAGAAGCUGAUGGUGGAAAGAUGGACUUAGACACUAAACGCAAUAAAAAGACAAUGUUGGAUGAUCAAGGACGGUAUCCGGUCUGGAUGAACCAAAGGCAAAUGAAGAAACUGAAAGCCAAACGUGUGGCUAAAAAAGGAAAACCUAAGCUAAAGAAGGGGCUCGCCUGGUAGAUGAACUGAUCUGCUUGUGCACGGACAUUAUUCCUGUCACAGCUGUACUGGAGCCUUGCUGUGCAUCUUUUUCAUGUACAGUUCGUACAUGGACUGUUUAUGCAACCUUGUGCAGAAAAAUACUUGUAAUGACGAACUAUUAAUGAGAGACAUGUAGCUUCUCGUUGAGAAUGUGAUGUAAUGGGAUUCAACAUUGUGAUCGAGGUUUUUCACUAGCUAAUAUACAUUUUUUUCCUCUCCACUUCAGCCUCUCAAUCUGUGGGUCUGCGUUACUUUGAUGUUAAGUAUUAGGUAUUUUUUUGCUGGCAGAAUAAUUAUGGAUGAGCUUUUUUUUCUUAAUAAAUCAAAUAUACCUUUC